ACCUGAGACAGUUUGCGCUUCUUCACAUCACACCAGAGGCGGCAGGCAGUCAGUCAGCACCGAGUCUCUGCUUCUGCUCUGCUGUCUGGACUUUCUGCUCCACAUGAAGAUGUUCAGGAGCAGAUACGAAGACGGAUAAAACUCCCGAAAGCCCAGGAGGCGAAUAAACCUUUGAUAUGAUGCUGGGAUGGGACGUCUCGGUGAACCCCGGUAAACAGACAUAUUUCAGAUCGUUACUGAUGAUUCAUGGCGACAAUGUUCCUGUCUUGGUCCGUUUUCAUCGCCGUUACUGUGCUGGCUGCGCAGCUUUGCAUUGGUGAGAAAUCCUGCCACAUCAAGUCCACUGCUGGCUCUGUGGUGCAGCUGGGUUCCAGUUUCACAGUGUACUGCACCUUUAACUGCAAGUGCAAAGGGUCAAUGUACUGUGAUGACCCCACCACACUACAGACGCACAAGGACGUCAAUUCUACAACUAUAUCUGUUGACGUGGUGAACAUAACAAAGAGCAGAACGUACAGCUGCCGGUGUGAGUGUUUCUCUCAACUGGACCCCUGCGGACUGGACAUCUUAGCAGGAUACCCACCAGAUCUCCCAAAAAACUUUAAAUGUACCUAUGAAGUCCAAAAUGAAAGUGGAGUCCUGGUCUGCACUUGGAACAGAGGAUGGGACACUUACCUUGGGACUCGAUCAAAGCUACGCGUGAGAACUGUAACUGGAAACCACACAGAUGGACCACACAGUGUCUCCAGUACGGGAACUGAGUCACUAUCAGCGAGUUUUGCUCUGUCCAGAUCUGUCCAGCUCAUCUCGGUGUGGGUUGAGGUCAAUAAUUCGCUGGGCUUUGUGAAGUCCUCCAUUAGCAACUACUCACUCAGUGAUAUUGCGAUGCCCCUGGCUCCGGGUCUAUACCUGCAAGAGUGCUUGUCCAGAAAGUGCCUCAUCGAAGUAAAAGAACCUGUGGAGACUCAACAUGUGCAGAUUCAAUACACAGCUGAUCAACAGACAUGGACAUCUUCUCUCAACUCAGUCGUGCAGAUGAACUCCUCUUGGUCCGUCUCCUCUUUGGAGCCGUACAGAUUGUACUAUUUCAGAGCCAGAUCCAAAUUCAGCACGGGUAUUUGGAGCGAGUGGAGCGCAAACAUCUCCAGCUGGACUCAGGAGGAAGCUCCUGCUGAAGAGCUGGAUGUCUGGUUUACUGAACCCGAGUCUGACUCUACAUCCACGACAGUUUACUGGAAGGAGCCGAACAUGUCCGUCUCCAGAGGGAAAAUCAUAGGUUAUAAAGUCGGCGUUGGAAGGCCAAACCUGAGGGCGUAUAAUAUCAGCGCUGAUGCCAGGAGUUUUUCUGUUCCAUCCUGUGCUGACUGUGAAGUGACAGUGUGGGCCCGCAACUCCAAAGGACUGUCGCCUCCUGCAAGGGUAACAACCCGACGCACAAAAGUCAAGCCCACUGCGGACGUGAGCGUGUCGACAGGAAACUACAGCAUCACCAUCUCCUGGAGAAAAGCUGAAACUGCACCGCUGCCAGCUGGCUACGUGGUCGAGUGGUACCCAGAGGGCCGCCAGCUACAGGAGCUCAGAUGGGUCAAACUGGACAAGAACGAGAACCAAACUGUCAUUUCAGGUAUUAAGGCGUUUGAGUGCUACGAAGCAGCUGUGUAUGUUUUCUACAAUGAGAACUCAGUGAGUCAGACCAGAUUUAAAGGUGUCGCCACUUUGGAGUCAGCUCCAGCAGCUGGUCCGGUGGUCAAAGACAAAGUUGAAGGAAACGAAGUGAAAAUUACCUGGACAGAGCUUCACUGGAGUCAACGCAGAGGCUGCAUCUCCACGUACAGCAUCUAUUUAGAGGACAGCAGUGGACACCGACAGACCUACUCAGUAGCAUCACAAGAGCGAACAUAUACGAUCAAAGGCCUUUCUCCAGGACUCUACAGUGUGUCGAUGAGCGCUUCGACUUCCACAGGAGAAGGUCCUACAGGUGAAAAGGUCAAGUUCUUCAUCGACCAGGAAGCUCAUAGUUCCCUCCUGCUGGUGUGUGGAAUCCUCUCCGUGAUCGUCCUGUUUCUCGUGUGUUUGUGCCAGAGUUCAGCGGUAAAGCAGAGGUUCUUCGAGUUUUUCCAGUGUUUCAUGCUCGAUGUCGUGCCAGAUCCUGCAAACAGCAAAUGGGCCAAAGAGUACACACAAGACAAGGACAAGAUGAGCCUGAUGCCUCAGCAGAGUAACUCCAGCGCGAGCACUGAGGAAGAAGAGCCGAUCCUGGUGGAUGUGGAGGAGUUGCCCAAGCAGAGCAGCGCCGUCUCCAUGCAGACAAACGUCUCCUCGCCGCUUCCUCCUCAGACCGACCUGAACCCUGGUACUGAUCCGGCCACGCUGCUGUAUCCUCUGACCACCUACAUCAAGAGCUUCUCCCACGACUCGGACAGCUCCGACCAAACGCAGACCUCUCUGGACACCAACUCAACCGUCGACUACAUCUCAUCACACGGGCCUGGAAACUUGGGCGAGGAAGAUGAAGAGGAAGAGGAGGAAGAGUUUGCGGACAUGAACUUCUUCCCAAGUCACAACAUCUUCCUCGAUUCACUGGAGUUUGGAGGGAAGCUGACUCUGGAUGCAGUGAAAAUUGACUGCAGUGAUUUCUUUCAGAGCGCUUAGUGUAAAAACACAAACUACUUUUUAGAAGAGGAGUGCUACAGAAACAAUGACUGGAUCAAGCACCCAGCUGAGAUGUGCCUGAACUACCUCUGUGCUCACUGAAACCAGAAGUGAACCUUUCUUUUAUGCAAUAAUGUUUAAUUCAAAGGGUACUUUUUUCAUUUCAUGCAUUACAAUUGUUUUCUCCGCAGAACAACUAUGGACACACUAAGGGCAUGACUAAAAUGAACACAGCACAGGCUGCAAGACAGAUAUAUUGUAAUUUCUGCCUAUUUUAACUGAGGUAUUAGAAAGAGGCUGCAUCUAGUUGGUGGCAGCCUUUAAAACACCUUUUUCACAGCAUUUAUUUUGACUUCUUCCAGUGGGAAAAACAUAGAUGUUAGCAGCUAACGCCAAAAUGAAAUUGAAAGGGGAGAGAAAAGGUUAGUAGACAGAAAACAGACAAUCAGACGAAAAUUAUAAACAAUGGGGAGGUUGGUGACGUCAGAAAAUGCAGCUCAGAGACACCUGGAGAGAGAACAAAACUACAGGAGAGUGAACACACAAAGUUAGU